UUGUGUGUGUGGUGGAGAAAGGGAGCGGAGCAGACUUUACCCUGCCUGCAGGAAACUGUCACUCAGUCGCUACACCAACAACAACCCUGCGACCAGCCUAGGACCUUCACAACAGCCACUUCACUCACAGACUCAAUGGCUUCCAGAUCAGAGGAGGAUCUCUGCUGUCCGGUCUGUCAGGAGGUCUUCAGAGAUCCUGUUCUUCUGUCAUGUAGCCACAGCUUCUGUAAAGACUGUCUGAAGAGAUGGUGGAGAGAGAGACCAACACACAAGUGUCCACUUUGUAACAGAAGAUCUUCAAAGUUUGAACCACCUUUAAACCGAGUUUUAAAGAACCUGUGUGAGUCGUUCUUACAGGAGAGAGAUCAGAGAGCUUCAGAGGCUCUCUGCAGUCUGCACUCUGAGAAACUCAAACUCUUCUGUCUGGACCAUCAGCAGCCAGUUUGUGUCGUCUGUUGCAUCUCAGAAAAUCACACCAAGCACAGAUUCAGACCCAUCGAUGAAGUUGCACAACAACACAAGAAGGAACUUCAGGAAACUCUGGAGCCCUUAAAGAAGAAGUUAAAGGUUUGUGAACGAGUUCAAGUGAAGUUUGGUCAAACAGCAGAACACAUUAAGGUCCAGGCCCGACACACAGAGAGGCAGAUUAAGGAGCAGUUUAAGAAGCUUCACCAGUUUCUAGCAGAGGAAGAGGAGAUCAGGCUGGCUGCACUGAGGGAGGAAGAGGAGCAGAAGAGUUGGAUGAUGAAGGAGAAGAUGGAGGCUCUGAGCAGAGAGAUAGCAGCUCUUUCAGACACAGUCAGAGCCACAGAGGAGGAGCUGAGAGCUGAAGACGUCUCAUUCCUGCACAACUACAAGGCUGCAGUGGAAAGAGUCCAGCGCUGCCCCCUGCUGGAUGAUCCACAGCUGCCCUCAGGAGCUCUGAUAGACCAGGCCAAACACCUGGGCAACCUGACCUUCAACAUCUGGAACAACAUGAAGGACAUGGUCUCCUACACUCCUCUCAUUCUGGACCCAAACACUGCUUAUCCAAACCUCAUCCUGUCUGAAGAUCUGACCAGUGUGAGAGGAGGAGGAGAGAGGCAGCAGCUUCCUGAUAAUCCAGAGAGGUUUGAUUUGUUCUGCUCCCUCCUGGGCUCUGAAGGCUUUAACUCAGGUACUCACAGCUGGGAUGUUGAGGUUGGAGACAGUGUAGACUGGGACUUGGGUGUGUUAGCAGAAUCUAGCCAGAGGAAAGGAAAUAAACGGUCUGGAUUAUGGGAAAUAGGGUUAAGUUCAGGUAAAUACUAUGCACGCUCACCAUCAGCUCCAUUCACUGCUCUCUUAGUACAGAAGAAGCUCCAGAGGAUCAGAGUGAAUCUGGACUGGAACAGAGGAAAGCUGUCGUUCUCUGAUCCUGAUACUAACACACACAUACACACCUUCAUACACACUUUCACUCAAAGGAUGUUUCCAUAUAUUUACACUGAUGAUAAAGUGAAGGUGUUGCCACUGAAGUUGUCAGUGGAGCAGAUGAGUUGAGGAUAAUUAUACACUGCUCAAAAAAGGGGGAACACAAAAAUAAGACAUCCUAGAUCUGAAACAAUGAAAUACACAUAUUCUCAUUAAAUACUUUGUUGUUCUGUCCACAUGUUGCCCUUGGGCUCCAUUUUUGAAAAACAUAAUGUCUCUUUUCAUUGCUAUUCUGAUAAUAUUCAAAUUGCCUCGACUUUACUGGGGAUGUUUCAUCUUCACUACAUCCUCUGUUUGACUGUUUGAGGGAUGUCAAAGACUUAUCAUGUAUCUCUCUGACUCUAAAUGAAAAGAAGAUGGAAAUUAUUGUUUUUGAUAGAAAUAUGCCUCUGGGACAACUACCUGGUACACUUGGGCCUGUUGCUAUUCACCUCACUGAUGCUGUUAGGAAUCUUGGAUUUUUUAUGGAUAGUUCCUUCAAACUGGAUAAACAGGUGUCUACUGUGGAAAAACUAGCUUCCAUCAACUAUGCCAAAUUUCUAAGGCUAAACCUUAACCUUAAUGCAAAGAUCUAGAGAAACUUAUUCAUGCAUUCAUCACAAGACUAGAUUAUAGUAACUUUCUUUACUUGGGCCUCCAAUCUUCCCUCCUUCAGCGAUUGCAGUUGGUCCAAAAUGACGCAGCACGUCAGUGUGAUUUUCAUCUGGCUCUGCAUUUAUAUUAUGUAAUUAUUUUAUAUCUGUAAUUGAUAUUUUAUAUUGUUAUUU